UCCGCCUUUUAACCCGCAAGGUGUGGGUGUGGGAGAAACAAUGAAUAAGGAGUAUCUCUAAAGCGCUCCUGAUCGAUCUCGUUCUCAUUUUCGUGCAUCAAACAGCACAGGACGCACAUCUGCGGGAUCUAUUAAAACUUUCCAUAAGCAGUUGGUGACAGUAGCGGAUCUCAGGUGAUCAGGAAAUACCGCUGUUCCUCCGGCCAUGGCCCGGCGUAUAUCGCCUGCUGUUACCUUUCUGUUUUGUGUUGGAUUAUCGAUUGUGUUUGAGGUUGAAGCCAAAUUCCAGCACUCUGUGGCCCUCCGCAGGCAGAAGAGAGAAUGGGUCAUCCCUCCCCAAAUCCUAGAGGAGAACGUGGAUUACACCAAGAGGGAGUACAUUGCAAAAAUUCGCUCAGACAAGGAAGACGUCAGUCUGAAAAAUGUGAAGUACUCACUGAAGGGCGUCGGUGCAGACCAGGAACCGUUCAACUUAUUUGUGGUCAAUCCUGAAAAUGGAUAUGUAAGGGUAACGGGGAUCCUUGACAGAGAGUCCAUUGCACAAUACAAUCUUUCAGGCGUUGCUACGUUCACAGAUGGCACGAUUGCAGAAAAUGACAUUGGGCUGAGAAUCAAAGUAAAGGAUCAGAAUGAUAAUGCGCCUGUUUUCAGUCAGAUGAGUCCCGGGGCUGUAGAUGAGCUCAGUCCAUCAGGUACAGCAGUGAUGAAGAUUAAUUGCUUUGAUGCUGAUGAAGUAGGAAACCCGAACUCUCAAAUCAAGUAUGAGAUUAUUGAACAGCAACCAGCCGGGGAGAGAAUGUUCACAGUUGACAGUGAAGGGACAGUCGUUGUUAUGAAUUCUAACUUGGACAGAGAGACCAUUGAUCAGUACGUCCUGGUUGUCAGAGCAUCAGAUCUGAAUGGAGCCGCAGGUGGCAAUUCCGCCACAGGGACAGUCACCAUCAAGAUCAAUGACGUCAACGAUAAUGUGCCUACACUAGAAGGCCCAUUUGAAGCCAGUAUCGAGGAAAAUACAGAGAAAAUAGAGGUGAUGAGACUCAGAGCAAGCGACCUGGAUCUUAAGGACACGGACAACUGGUUGACUAAGUGCUAUAUUGCGUCAGGCAAUGAGGCUGGAUAUUUCAGCAUUCGCACAGACGAAAAGACCAACGAGGAAGUCAUUAUGCUUGAAAAGGCUGUCGAUUAUGAGAAUAUCAAAGACCUGAACCUUGCCAUUGGUGUAAUGAACGUUGCUCCAUUCCACCCCUCUGUGAGUGGAGAACAACAAGGAUUAAAUGUCAACUUCGGGGGCGGCGGUGGAGGUGGAGGUGGUGGUGGCGGCGGUGGUGGCGGUGGUGGAGGCGGUGGAGGAGGCGGUUGGGGUGGUGGCGGCGGAGGUGGAGGCGGAGGUGGAGGCGGCGGCGGUGGGGGUGGUUCAUGGGUGUCGGGGGCUCAGAUAUACAAUGUGAAAAUAAACGUGAAAAACCAGCCAGAAGGACCCCGGUUCACGCCCCUGACAAAAGCCAUCGUCAUCUCAGAAGGCAAGACUUUUAGCAGCACUGAGGUUAUCGCAAGAUACCCCGCCACUGAUACUGACACAGGAAAGGAAGCUACCAACGUAAAGUAUGUUAAAGGAAAAGACCCAGAUAACUGGCUGACGAUCGACGAGACAACUGGGAACAUUAAAAUGAACAAGGCUCCUGACCGCGAGUCAAAGUAUCUAGUUAACGGCACUUACUACGCAGAGAUUUACAGCAUAACACAAGACUUGCCUUCAAAGACGGCAACAGGCACCAUUGCCCUCCAGGUAGAGGAUUUUAAUGACCACUGCCCAACUUUGACAAGCAAAGUCAGGACACUUUGUACAGAGAAAGAUGCCGUUUUUGUCACUGCAAUGGAUGAGGAUGCAUCACCCAAUGGAGCUCCAUUCACCUUCAAUAUUGUCCCAGAAAAAACUGUGGGGAAAUGGACAGUCGAGUAUUUAAACGAAACCACUGCCAUCUUCAGAACACAUGAAAAGCUGUGGCCGGGAGAAUACGAGCUGACGGUGGACGUCAAGGACCAGCAGGGAUUGUCAUGUCCAGAACCUCAGAAAAUUCAGGUGGAUGUGUGCACCUGUACCGACCAGGGGGCUUGUGCCCGAACAUCAGGUGGAGUAACAGGAGCACUUAAGAGGGGAUCCAAGUUUGGACCUGCUGGAAUCGGUCUACUGUUUCUUGGACUCCUUUCAUUAUUGCUCAUCCCACUCCUGUUGCUGCUGUGUCAGUGUGGAGCUGCUGGAAUGGCGGGAGCUUUCAAAGAUGUGCCCUUUGACACUAAAGAGCAUCUCAUCUCCUACCAUACCGAGGGUCAGGGAGAGGACCGGGAUGUUCCAGUUCCAGUUUUAGCAGGUGGUGAUGUGAUAGACGGUUUUUCGAGAGACGUGGGUGGUAUGCGUAUCGACAGAGCAGGAGGAAUAGGAGUAGGAGGCUUAAUAGACUCCUCAUCCAUGAGGGGUGCCCGUGGCUACAAUGAUAUGGGAAUGUCCUACGUAGAUUCGAUAAGGAGAAGUGACACUUUUAGGAGUAGAGAAAUGGCUGGAGAUUUUGACGGAAUGGCCGUGUCUGAAAUGUUCCUGGGCGAAUACUAUUCACAGAAAAGCCGUGCAAUGGAGGAUGGAUUUGCUAAGAAUGAACCUAUGGUGUACGACUAUGAAGGGAAGGGCUCUCCUGUGGGCUCUGUGGGCUGCUGCAGCAUCCUCGAAGAUAACAAUGACCUAGAGUUUCUCAAUGACCUUGGGCCCAAGUUCACUACUCUUGCUGACAUAUGUGGAGGUAGAAAGCCUGAGGUCCCAGCACCAGCCCCAGCCCCAACCCCAACCCUCGCUCCUCUUCCUCCCCCUCCCAAACCCAUCGUGAACCGUACCAACAUGGUGUCUUCAUCAACCAACGUUAUCAAUUCUGGGAAUAUUGUCACUAGCAGAGCUGUAACUUCAAACCCGGUGAAUAUAGCUUCUAACACGGCUACAACAUCAAAUACUCGUGUGGAGAACCUCGUCGUCACAGACAGCCGGCCUACAGUGAUUGCGAAUGUCCAACCAGCUCCAACAUUCCUGAUGCAACCACAACCAAUGUACUACAUGGUCGAGCCCCAACCCAGCACGGUACUCCUCGCCGAAAGGCCCGCUAUGGGACAGAACAUGUACGUGCUGAAUAGCGGCCCAGUAGCCGAGGGGGUUGUAGUCCAGGGUGCCAACUUAGCGACGAAUACCCUGACCCGCGGCGAGAGAAUGGUGCUUGUGGACAGGGGUGCACCUGCUCAGGCUGGGCUGCUGCACACAAGUAACCUGUCUGGAUCACAAGUGCUCCUUGUGGAUGGGGGAGCCACGAGUGGUCAAGUCCUUCAGGGGACGCUUCAGAGAGGGAUUGCUGGAUCUCAGGGCCUAAUGGUCGUGGAAGGACAGGGGGGUCAAGUGAUUCAGGGGUCCCUCAAAACGGGCGUUUCCACUGGUGGAUCUCAAAAUGUCCUUUAUAUGGAGAGCAAAGGGCCAUCAGGUGUGGGCCAGGGGGGUCUUCAGAAGGGGAUGACGUCCACCGCAGCGUCAUUUGGUAGUGUCGGAUUAGGCGGGGGAUCUCUCCAGAUUAACCAAAGCCCAUCGUCACAUAAAAUCAUCCAUGAGAGAAAGGUUGUGACAACACAAAAUAUCAAGUAACAAUGCAACACUCAUACAGUACUUGCACAGUUGUGAAAGUGUUAGAGGGUUUAGAAAGCCAUCAGUCAAGUCUUCAGAGCUCAUACAUGCAAAUCAUUAGAGUUUCAUGUUAGGGCAUAGAAAAUAUGCAAAUUAUUGCUUGAAAAACUGGUUUUGUAAUGCCUUUGAGUUUACUUCUCUGUAUGUGUACAGAACACUAUACCUGAUUUUCUGUUCCUUUCCUUUUAUUUUGCCUGUAGAUUAUAUGUCACUGUAUGUAUGCAUUCAGUGUGUGCUCUAAAGACUGUUGUUUGUAGAAAAUAUGCACAAGCUCUGGUAGUCCUGAGGCCAUUCCUGUGCAGUUUAUGCAAAUCAAAGCUAUUUUAGUAAAACGCAGAUAUAUGAGAACAUAAAAACAGCCAGAAUUCGAAUCAAGUUGAGUCAAGUUGCCUCAAAAGGCUAAAGAAGGACAGAUGUUUUUUUUUUUUUUUUUUUUUUUUUUUUUUUUUAAAGUACAAUGCUGUAUAGACAAUUCUUUUCACUUUUGACGAUGUAUAUUUUGGCUAUCCGUUUAUAUGUUUGCAUUUUUACAGUAUUUUUAAUUCCUCUUCUUAAAUACUGUUUGUAAACGAGUAGUUUACUAAUCAAGUCUGAUUAGUAAAUCUGUUUAAAAGUUUUCUUUGCAGUGCAGUUAAAAUAAAAAGACUUAAACCCACAUUCCAAGCAGUAAUGAUGAAAGGAAUAUUAUGUAGUAAAAAAAAAAAGAAGAAAAAAACUUUUAUUGUUUGUUUUUUCUAAAAUGGUUGUAUUUAAGAAUACCAUAGCUCAAGCACAUUCCCUUUGUGUAAUACUUGUGUAGGAAUUUGCUAAAUGCAAAAAAAAAAAAAAAAAAAAAAAAACAA